UCAUUCCACGCACUUAUCAAUAAUUAUUUAUUUAUUAUUCGAACUCUUAUUUAAUUUGGCAUAUACUUACUAUAUAUAAUAAAAAUAAACCAUGGCCCUCUCUAAGCUUCUAGCUGCUUCCCUUAUUCUAUCCUUUCUCCUCCUCCAACUUAGUGUCGACGCCGCUGAUAAAUCGGAGGUACCAACAGUGGAGGGGGCUGUUCCCGGUCCAAAGAUAGAUUGCAAAGGGAAAUGUGAUUUUAGAUGCAGCAAAUCAUCGCAUCCAAAUCUAUGCAAGAGAUCGUGCAACACAUGCUGUCAAAGAUGUAACUGCGUACCACCAGGCACUUCUGGAAACUAUGAAACCUGCCCUUGCUAUUACGCCCAAACCACCCAUGGCGGCAAACGCAAGUGUCCAUAGAACUACCUAUAUAUAUAUAUAUAUAGAUGCAUCCGAAACUGUAAAUAAUGUAUAAUGGGAGGGAGGGCAAACAAGAUGUUGUUUCUUAUUAAUCGUAUAUUUAUAUUAAAAAGAUAAAAUUGUAUUAAAUUGCAAUUGUAUAUAAUACAUUGAUGAUAUAUAUAAUAUCUUACAUUA